AUGACCAAAGCAAGCGAUUCCGAUGCGUCUACAGUCGGCGCAAGGAGUCCAUACCAUCGAAUUCGCUCGUCGACACGCGUAAAUUCCCAGGGCAUUCCACUCAUGCCAGCCCGCGGCGCACAUGUACUGCCAGGCGACAGCGACCAUUACGACGAUGAAGCGAGCUCAGAAACGCUCAUCCAGGCACGUCCUCGUGGUCAGCAUGGACCCACGCAUGCACUACACCACAUGGACGUGGACUCUGAAGAUACAUCAUUCAUUCAAGGCAAGCGGCGCACGCGCGGCUCAAGUCGCACGCGCUCCGUGCCGGCGACGUCGCGGCCAUCGCCAGCCCCUACAUCGAUCAUCCGACCCUUGUUGGAAUGCGCAUUGUUUGUUACUGCAUGGAUGGUCGUGCUUGGACGUCUCUUGCGAAGUACGCCGGACGUACGGGACAAGGCAUUCGAGAUGCUGGUUGUGGGCAUGGUCCUACUUGUGUGUUUUUUCCUACACCUACAACACGCAUGUACCAUCUGGGUGACGCGCGUGACAUACUUACGAAAAGCCGAUCCAAGCGAUCCCUUGUACGUGUUUCUUCUGCCUUUGGUCGCAUGUGCGCAGCUACUGGACGUCGCUCCCACCACGCAGCCACCAGGCCCCCUGGCCCCACCACGCAUGGGCCUGGGCAUGAAGGGAGCUUGGCGUGUCGAGCGACUGCCUGAGCAGACUGAUCCUGUGCAAGGACGCAGCACGUUGCUUGAUCUGCAUGUACUGUGCGCGCUGAUCCUUGGUAUCCAUAUAUGUGUUUCGUCGUGUGUGCGAGCGUACUGCAAGCGCCGCGCACAUCACUGGAAGAGCCUGCCGCCAGGCAAAUCCUUCCUCAUCUUCCAUGCUUUUGCAUUGAUCCUCAGCAGUGUCUGCAUGAGUGUGCAGAUUGUAUGCCGUGCGACGGGUCAUGCCCAUUGGCUACUAGCAAGCAUGCCCACAUGGAUGACAUUCACGACUGCACUCCUAUUCCAGAAUCAGCUGUAUAUGGUGACGCGCGUAGCGCGUCAGAACUGUACGUUGGGCGAGCUCAGUAUCAUCUGUGCUGUUGGCACAGCCUUGUUCCACGAAGCUGUGAUCGUCACUAUGGCCCGUCUUGUGCCACCGUACGCGAAGUAUUUCUUCCGUGAGCCAUCGGCCAUUAUGUACUGUCAGCUGGCUCUUAUUGUCGGUAUGUUCCUAAUAGGUUAUGUCUUGAGCCCGUUGCUUGUCCUAUCGCGCAACUUGGCCCAGCGACCGACGCAUCGCCUGCGCUGGCCGCUGAAGCGCAACUUGCAUCGCCGACUCCUCGCACUCGCAUUCUUUGUGUUUUCGCUUGCUCUUGUGCUAGGUGUGCUAGCCCCAUGGCUUGGUUGGCAGCUGCGCAAGCGCAGUGCCUGGUUCUACUUGGCACGCUUCAUGCUGCAAGGACCGUACUGGUGGUUCCGUUUCGCACUUCUUGCGUACUGGGGCGCGCUAUGCAACAUUGCGUUGCUGAGCAUCCAGCUCAUGGUCAAUCGCAUGUGGCAAUAUGCAACGGUGGGAGAUCAGGUCAAGAAACAGCCUCGAUAUCGGCCCAACAGUGGAAGCGGCACUAGCAAUGCGAGCGGCGUUGCCAGUGGCAUCAGCAGCGUUGGCAGUAGUGCUAUCGGCGGCAGUGGCGCCGGCGCUGGCAGCAGCCAUGGACGCAUCUCCCAAAUGUCCAUGCAUGGACGCACUGCACUCACUGCGACUGAGCGUGCUAGUACGCUGGCUGCAACGCAGUUUUCAGAGCGUGGUGAGCAGGAGGAGAGCACGUCUCUUGGACCACGUGUCGCUGUGAGUGUCAAUGGGCGACGAAAGUUCUUCCAUGCACUAGCUGUCCUACUAUUUGUGCCGGGCAUCGCAUGGGAUCCGGCGUUCAUGCACCUUGCCUUCAGUGGAGCGCUGGCUGUAUUUGUUCUCUGUGAAUACCUGCGGUACUGUGCCGUGUACCCUGUGGGAGCGACGCUGCACUUCUUCUUGAGUCAGUUCCUCGACAGCAAAGACAGUGGGCUGGUGAUCCUGAGCCAUGGAUACCUCCUGUCUGGCUGCGCGGCAGGACUGUGGGUCGAGAGUCAGAGUCGCAUCACACAACAGCUGGGCGUCCUAGCGCUGGGCGUCGGCGACGCUGUCGCGUCCAUUGUUGGCCGGCAGUACGGACGUAUCCAUUGGCCACUUUCCAAUAAGACAGUCGAAGGCACGUUUGGCUUUGUCGCGAGCAUGAUAACAUCUGUUACAUUCCUGCGUAUAUUUGGCCUUGUCGAGGCAUUCCGCAUGGUUCCCUUUACCGUGGUCAUGGUCUUGCUCGCAAUGGUUGAGGGCUUGUCUGAGCAGAAUGAUAAUAUCGUGCUGCCACUGAGUGGCAUUUUCCUUACGUCCAUGAUCCCCCUUGGCUCUUCGUAA